AUGGCAGCCCGUCAAGAUGGAGAAGAUGGAGAAGACGGAGAGGACUAUUUCCUCCCUCUCGAAGAUCAGAGUAUCUUUGGUGCGGGAAUCCGUCGCAAACGAGUCCAAUUCGUACGCUCGUCCGAACAUGAAUUGAAUACAACUACAACAACACGACCAUCCUCUACACCCUCAGGUCCAAGCAUCGCAGAUGCAUACCUCUCGAUCGUCCUCAAUAAAAAAGGCACAGUCAGUGCAAGUCCAUCAUCACCCAAUCUACCCACCGAACAAAAACAAGAACCUUCUCCGCGCGAAACACACUCCGCACCUCCAUCUUCCCACGCACCCUCCCCUCAACCACCUUCGCAAACCACCGAUCACUGUGAUAUAUGCAACUUACCCCUCUCCUCCGACCCCUCAAAAGGAAAUUCCGAAUCGGACUCAAUAGACCGACCACACGAAGCCUCCCUCGCCCACCAAGUCUGCCUAACCCAUUCCCACCCACCCUCCCAUCUCGACCGAACCCGCGUCGGCCUGAAAUAUCUCUCCACAUACGGCUGGGAUCCCGACAGUCGGCGCGGUCUCGGAGCACCAGGUCGAGAAGGAAUCAGGGAGCCAUUGAAAGGCCGUGUUAAAAAUGAUACGACCGGUCUAGGCGCCGGUCUAGACGCGGACGGAGAUCGAAUUAAAGAUCCGCCUCCUCCGCCGCCUAAGAAGGUGCAGAAACUUAAUGCGAAGCAGAUGAGGAAGAAUCAGGCGGAGGAGCGGAAGAGGGGGGAGAAGUUGAGGAAUCUUUUCUUUAUGAGUGAUGAUGUGUUGAAAUAUCUUGGGGAGGAAGUGUGA